AUGGAGGCUUUUAUUGGCACUUGGAAAUUUAUCCAAGGUGAAGGCUAUGAUCAGUACCUGAGAGCAACUGGGGCUGCGGAGGAAGUGAUUGCUAUUUCAAAUGUACUCAAACCAGUUGUCACAAUUUCCAAAGACGAUGACAUUGUGAGCAUUACAGUACAGAGUGGCCUUGGAACUGAAGAAAAGUCCUUCAGACUGGGUAAAGAGUUUCAUCUGAACAAAAAGGAUGGGAGAUAUUGCAAAGUUGAAGUAGAUCUCAAAGAAGACCAACUCAUACAGGUGGAAAAGUGGGAUAGUAAAGAAGCUGUGUCUGUCAUCGAGAUCAAGGAUGGGAAAAUGAUCAAGACAAUAACGUUCAAAGACAUCACAGCAGUGCAAACCUUUGAGAGGGUGUAA